AUGACACAUGGUAUGAAUAAUAAAUUAAAAGGUAGUACUUUAUUUUGGAAAGACAUUAGCGAAUCUUUAGACUGAGAGUUUAGGGAGCUAGUAAUAGAUGUAUGAAUAUGUAUAAAGAUUAGAUUAACNUUAAAGUAAUAAACUUUAUUUGAAAUAUAAGUUCAUAAUUAAAUUAAAAAAAUGAUUGUAAUUGAUUGUCUAAGUGUUAAUAAUAUUUUUUAAUAAAUAAUGUUAUCCUACUUAAAAUCUUAUAGAUUCCCUUCUCCUAAAUAAUUAUUCAGAUAUAAAUUUAGAUGUAAAUAAAAAUGCUUGAAUAAAAUAGAUUAAAGAUACAUAUAAAUUAUAUAUUUUAAAGCACAAAAAGUAUAAUAAAUUUAAAUAUUUUGAGAUGAUCCUGACUUGAAUAAAAAGAGUGAUAUAAAAGAGAGAUUUACUUAAAUAAAUUAAGCUUAUAAUUAACUUAAGCAACGCAAAUUUCAUAAAAAAGUAGAAGAGGAGCGUUAAUUUGAUAAAAUUAGUUCUGCAUAAUCUGUAGAAGAGUUUAAUGAUAAAUAUUUUGAUUCUACUUUAUGA